CCCGUCUCCUCAGUCUGGCGCAGCAGCUGCGGGGCGGCAGACCUGGAACAUCUGCCGCAGAGCGCAAAAGAUAAGGGACAGAUCUCUCCAGGCUUUAAUCCCGCACACUUCUCUCUUUUCCCUGUAUCACAUUUUCCUCUUUGCGUUUAAUUUUAGUUUUUUUUUUCUUGUCACCAGUCCUCAAAAUGACUGGUGCCCCACUGACUGGGUUACUGGUUGCGCUGUGCGUAAGCAGCGCGGUGCACGGCGCACCGAAGAAGAGCAGGAGACAGACGGGCCAGUAUCAGGUGUACCCGGACCUUGGUGACACCGCUGCUCUCACUCCAGUCAGCUGUGAGGAAAACGGUCGCUCCUACAGACAGAACGAGCAGUGGGAGAAAUCUUACCGCGGCAGCUCGAUGCUUUGUACCUGCAAUGGUGCUGCAGGCGUCAAAUGUAAAACCAAACCUGAAGCGGAGGAGACCUGUUAUGACAAGGACAAUGGCCGGACAUACCGGGUCGGUGACACCUAUGAGAGACCAAAGGACGGCUUGAUGUGGGACUGCACCUGUAUCGGAUCUGGGAAGAUCACCUGUACCAUUGCAAAUCGUUGCCAUGAUGGAGGACGGUCUUAUAGAAUCGGGGACACUUGGCAGAAGCCUCACGAGAGUGGUGACUCCAUGUUAGAGUGUGUUUGUCUUGGAAACAACAAGGGAGAGUGGACGUGCAAACCAGUGGCUGAACGUUGCUAUGACAACUACGCUGCAUCAUCAUUUGUCGUCGGGGACACCUGGGAGAGACCAUACCAAGGCUGGAUGAUGCUGGACUGUACCUGCCUCGGAGAAGGGAAUGGACGUGUCAAAUGUUCCGCAAGAAACCGCUGCAACGAUCCGAUAACCAAGACGUCCUACCGUAUUGGAGAAACUUGGACGAAGGCUGACUCAAGGGGAAACCCUAUGCAGUGUGUGUGUUUAGGAAACGGCCGUGGACAGUCCAGCUGUGAAAGACACUCUGCAGGCCAAACACAGUCCCUGUUGUAUCAAGUUCCCACCUCUGAGGGAACCUGCCGUACAGAUUCUGGUGCCUCCUACUUUGACAGUCAGCGCUGGAUUGGGAGCCAGGGCAGCAAGCAGAUGCUGUGCACCUGUCUAGGCAACGGAGUCAGCUGCCAGGAAUGGGAGGCCAGAAGCCAUGUGUAUGGUGGCAAUUCUAAUGGUCAGCCAUGCGUGUUCCCAUUUGUCUUCAUGGGGAAGACGUACUACUCUUGCACUUCAGAUGGACGCAGUGAUGGACAGCUCUGGUGCUCCACAACCUCAGACUAUGAAAGAGACCAGCAGUAUUCUUUCUGCACGGAAAACUUUGCAAUUGUAGCAACGCGAGGUGGAAACUCCAACGGCGCCUUGUGCCACUUCCCAUUUCUCUACAGUGGUCGUAACUACACUGACUGCACUGCUGAUGGGCGCCGUGAUGGCAUGAGGUGGUGCGGCACCACCCACAACUAUGAUGCAGAGCACCGCUAUGGGUUCUGCCCAAUGGCUGCCCAUGAAGAGGUGUGUUCCACCAGUGAAGGAGCGAUGUACCGUGUAGGGGACAAGUGGGACAAACGCCAUGACACCAUGGGUCACAUGAUGGAGUGCACAUGCCUGGGAAAUGGUCGUGGGGAGUGGAACUGCAUUGCUCAUGCAACACUACGAGAUCACUGUGUUGUCGAUGGCUUAACCUAUGAAGUCAACCAGCAGUUCUCCAAACGCCACUCAGAGGGUCACAUGAUGAACUGCACCUGCUUUGGACAGGGACGCGGGCGCUGGAAGUGUGAUCCAAUUGAUCAGUGUCAAGAGCCAGAAAACAAGGUGUUCUAUCAGAUUGGUGACCAGUGGGACAAAGUAAUCAGCGGAAUCCACUACCGAUGCUAUUGCUAUGGCAACGGGAAUGGAGAAAUGAGAUGUGAACCCAUGCAGACCUUCCCAGGCGGCUCCAGACCUGUCCAGGUGAUCAUCUCAGAGGCAGGAAAACAGCCAGACUCCCACCCCAUUCAGUGGAACGCUCCUUCAUCCACCCAUGUUACACAGUACAUCCUCAAAUGGAGACUUAAAGACAGCCGCACCCCCUGGAGGGAGGUCACCAUCCCCGGCCACGUCAACUCCUACACCAUCAGUUGGCUUCGUCCAGGCGUUACUUACGAGGGUCAGCUGAUCAGCAUCAUGCGCUACGGGCGUCGUGAGGUCACGCGCUUUGAUUUCACCACCGCUCACGGCUCCUUGGAGACAUGGGAGGGAGAGACGACUGCUCCUCCACCGAUAGUGGAGAUGUUUGAGUCAGUGACAGAAAUCACCUCAAACAGCUUCGUUGUGUCCUGGAAUUCAGCUUCUUCUACCAUCUCGGGCUUCAGGUUGGAGUACGAGCUCAUUGAGGAGGGCGCUAAGACAAAUGUCCUGGAUAUUCCUCGCACCACCACUUCUGUCGUCAUCCGUGAUCUCCUGCCAGGACGCAGAUACAACGUCAGUGUCUACGAGCUGCCAGAGGACGGACAACCAAACCUAAUCCUGACCACCUCACAGACUACAGCUCCUGAUGCCCCCACUCAGCCUGCUGUUCAUGAUGUUCAAGAGACCUCCAUUGGAAUCAGAUGGACCAGACCUCAGGCUCCCAUCACUGGUUACCGUGUGGUGUACACCCCCUCAGAAGAAGGCAGCAGCACUGAGCUGAUUCUGCCAGACUCUGAGACUUCAGUAACUCUGGUGGACCUGCAGCCUGGCCUCCUCUACAACAUCAGCCUCUAUGCUGUGGAGGAGAAUUUAGAGAGUGAGCCUAUUUCUGUGCAGGUCACCACUGCUGGAUCUGCCAAACAAGAGGCGAUCCCAGCUCCAACAGACCUCCAGUUCUUUGAAGUCUCAGAUGUUAAGAUCACUAUCAUCUGGGUCGGUCCUCCAGCUGAAGUCACUGGUUACAGAGUGGUCUUCUCCCCAAUGGGUCAGGACGGCACAGAGCUCCGCCCCCUACAGCUGCCCAUCUCACCCAACGCCUUCGCUGAACUCACCCACCUGCAGCCCGGCACACUCUACCGCUUCUACAUCUACGCCAUUAAAGGCGACGUGGAGAGCGAGCCUCUCGUUGGGGAAAAGUCUACCAAGCCCGAUGCUCCCACAGACGUGCGUUUCACUGACAUUGGACCCAACAGUGCGUUGAUCAUCUGGGAGGCUCCUCGGGCCGUUGUUUCCGGUUUCCGUCUUUUCCUGAGCACUGAGGGCUCCAGCCCCGUAGAGAAGAGAAUUCCUGUUGGGGUCUCUCAGUACCCUUUAAAGAAUUUGCGCCCAGACACACAUUACACUGCCACCCUGCACUCGGAGCAGGACAGUGUGCUCAGCGAGGGCAUCACCUCAUAUUUCACCACCACUCCCCAGAUAGGUAACACUCCCCCCUUCAGCACCGAGGUCACUGAUACGUCCAUCAUCAUCACAUGGAUACCCCUCCGCAGGUUCAGUUACAAGCUUUCUGUGCUCCCCAGUGAGCAAGGCGAGUCUCCCAGAGAAGAGACCUCGGACUCCGGACGUAUUCACAUCGAUGGUCUGAUUCCUGGAACCCAGUACGUCUACAGCGUUCAGCCCAUUUUCAACGGUCGCAACCGUGGAAACCCCAUCUCUCGCAACGUUGUGACUUCUCUUUCUCCUCCCACCGAUCUCAGACUGGUGUCCAAUCCCUACACGGGAGAUCUAACUGUCUACUGGGAGGCUUCCAGAACACCAGGAAUCACUGGUUACCGAGUGACAGGCACACCAACCAAUGGUCACAGAGGGAAUUUAUUGGAACAGUUUGUUUCAGAGGAUCAGACCUCGUGCACCCUGGAGAAUCUUUACUUGGGCGUCGAAUACAACAUCAGUGUUUUUGCCACCAAGGGUCACCUGGAAAGUGUGCCAGUGUCUACAGUUGCCAGACCAGAACUCCCCAAACCAACUCACAUUGACUUUGUCGACAUUACUGACACCACCAUUGGCCUGCGCUGGAUCCUUCUAAACUGUACCACCAUUACUGCUUACCGGAUAACAGUAGCAGCCGCAGGCGAGAGCCUACCCUUUUACCAAGAUAUGGUGGAUGCAUCUGCUGGUCAUUACACCAUUUGGGGUUUGGAGCCCGGUGUGGACUAUGACAUCAGUGUGGUUGCUGUUACAGAGGAGGGAGAGAGCGAGCCGACCACACACACAAAGCAAACACAUGCUGCCAUGCCAGCUCCCACCAACCUGCAGUUCGGAGGGGUGGGCCCCGACCACAUCAGAGUGACGUGGACGAUCCCCAACAUUGCCACACCGAGUCAAAUCUCUCGAUUUGUAAUUCGCUAUCACCCUGUGGCCUCAGAUGAUGAUAUUAGAGAGGUUAAUGUGGGCGGAGCCACCAAUACCUUCCUGUUACAGAACCUGCAGCCAAACACUGAGUACCGCAUCAGCGUGGUGUGUGUUUACAGUGACCAAGAGAGUGCACCAGCCACAGGGAAUCAGCACACAACUCUGGACUCCCCGACAGACUUGAACUUCUCUGAAAUACGGACCAACUCCUUCAAAGUUCACUGGGUGCCUCCGACAUCUCCCAUCACCGGUUACAGGAUCCACUAUCAGAUGACAAGUGGUGGGCCAUCAAGGGAUCAAAGGCUUUCACCAUCAAAGAACUUCUUCACUUUGACCGGACUGAAACCAGAGACAGAGUACAUGAUAUAUGUGUACGCUGUCGGCCACAAUCAGGAGAGUCAGCCUCUGACUGGCACACAGGCCACCAUCUCUGAUUCUCCCACUGAUCUGGAAGUAGUGUCAUCCACCUCCACCAGCAUCACCAUCCGCUGGGAUGCCCCCUCUGUUGAUGUUUCUAACUACAGGAUCACCUAUAAAGGAGAAAGUGGUGAAGCUUCUCAGGAGUUAACAAUCCCAGGAACCCAGACAACUGCCACCAUAACCAAGCUUCAGCCUGGCACUGACUACACCAUCACAGUCAGUGCAGUCACAACACGAGGAGAUAACCCUGCUUCCAAAAGACCCGUCUACAUAACUCACAGAACUGAUACUGAGUCCCCCACUGACAUGAAAGUCACAGAUGUGAGUGAUAACGCCAUGACGGUGCGCUGGUCUCCGGCUCAGGGACCAAUCAGAGGCUACAGAGUCACAAGUGUCCCUAAGAAUGGCUUGGGACCUUCCUACUCAGAGGUUGUGGCCCCCGACCAGACAGAAAUAACAUUCUCAGGACUGAUGCCCACUGUUGAGUAUGUUGUGAGUGUGUUUGCACUGGGCAACGAUGGACAACCAUCCUCUCCUGCAGUGGAAAACGCCAUCACUGCGAUGGACCACCCUAAGGACCUGGCCUUCUCUGACAUCGACUCCACCUCUAUGCGCAUCACUUGGGACAGACCAGACGGGACAGUGACUUCAUACCGCGUCUUGUACUCCAGCUCAGAGGAGGGCGAGAGAGAAUUGCGACCAGCACCCAGAAGGGAUCAGGACAGCGCGGUGCUGACAGGCCUUCGCCCCGGGACAGAGUACACUGUAAAAGUCAUCGCCUUUAAUGGCCGAACACCCAGCACACCGUUAGAAGGAACACAAGCCACAGUCAUCCCAACACCAACCAACUUGAUAAUCUCAGAGGUCGGCCCAUCCUUCUUCACGGUGUCAUGGCGACCCUCAAAUGCACGGUUGACAGGUUAUCGUGUGGUCAUCAUCCCUAAAAACAUCAACAGCCCUCACAAAGAAAUGAAUGUUGCCCCAGACACCACUCGUGUUGUAGUACCAGGGCUUAUGGUGGCUACAACAUAUCAGAUACAGGUCUAUGCCUUGAAGAACUCUGUCACAAGCAGACCCCUAGAAGGGGAAGCAACCACGCUGGAAGAAGUGAGUGCUCCUCGGCGUGUUCGUGUCCUCGAUAUAAAGGAUACUUCUUUCAGCCUGUCCUGGCGCUACAAGGUGGAACCUAUCACUGGGUUCCUCAUUGAGGCCACGCCCAUAAGUGGCUCACAUGCUCCCAUCAGGAAGACCAUCCAAGGAGAUACAACCAGCUACACUUUCACUGGUCUUCAACCAGGCACCGCGUACUCUGUUAGCUUGUACACCCUAAACGGCAACACAAAGAGCCCCCCAUUUACACUCAGGGUGGAAACAGAGAGACCUUUGGUCCAGGCUCCCACCAACCUCCAGUUCACAACUCUGACUCACAAUUCCAUCUCCUUCACCUGGCAACCACCCGCCACACACAUCACUGGAUACCACAUCACCUAUGAGGAGUCUGGGAAAGCACCGAGGGAGCUCAUCCCCCGACCCCACGCUGGACAAAACUACGCCACCAUAACUGGUCUGAGACCAGCCACAGAAUACAUCAUCAAAAUCAUUGCCAUCCAAAACACAGAGAGGAGCACUCCUCUAGUGGGCAGCACCAGGACUCAGCCAGACUCCAUGCUUCCCAUGCCUCUGCCCCCGCCUCACCGCGCCGGGGUUGUCGACAAGCUGGAUGUGCCUGAAACUGAAUUGGACAACAAAGUCCAGUUAGUAGGCUCCAACCAAGAUGGAGUUGGUGGUCAGAGCCAACAUGUGGAGUACACAGAGUACAACAACGGAGGCAACCCCCAGUCUCCUUAUGAGCAAGUCCGUGAGCCGCUGGUCUUUGUCCCCCUCCCUGAUGCAGAAGGCCGUAGAAACCCUAUUGUGAAGCUUAGACUACCCAUUGGAUCCUCAAUUUAUAACCAGACGGGAGUUCCUCAGGAAGCCCAAACUCAAACCAGCAUCUCCUGGAGGCCUUACAGUCAGAGCAAUGCUUACCUGGUGUCCUGUUACCCUCUUUCACAUGCUAAUGAGAAGAUGUUCCAGGUCCGUCUGCCAGGAACAGCCACCACCGCCACCCUGAUUGGACUCACCCCGGGAGCGAACUACAACGUGAUCGUGGAGGCAAUACUGGGGGCGCUUAAACACAAGAUUCUGGAGCAGGCUGUCACAGUUGGAAACACAAUCCAAAAUGGAGGUCCACCCAGUAAAGACCUUUGCUACGAUGCCUUCACUGCCACCUACCAUGAGGUUGGUGGUGAAUGGGAGCGGAUGUCUGAAACAGGCUUCAAGUUGUGGUGCAAGUGUUUGGGACUGGGCAGCGGCCACUUCAGAUGUGAUUCAUCCAAGUGGUGCCAUGACAACGGCGUCAACCAUCGUGUCGGAGAACAGUGGGACCGCCGUGCUGAGAACGGACACCUGAUGAGCUGCACUUGUUUGGGAAACGGCAAAGGAGAAUUCAAAUGUGAACCACAUCACUCUGUAUGUUACGAUGAUGGUAAAACCUACCAGGCGGGCAACCAGUGGCAGAAGGAGUACCUAGGUGCCAUCUGCACCUGCACUUGCUAUGGAGGACAACAGGGAUGGCGGUGUGAGAAUUGUCGCAGACCAGGCGCUGAUGUUGAUGCAGGUCUGCUGCAGCCUAUUAGAUACGGAGAGAACACCCUGCGAAAUAAUAUUCACUGCCCCAUUGAAUGCCUUCGACCCAGCCUGCUAGCAGAUGGCAUUGCGCCUCAAAACUCUCAGAAGUAACGGAUCGGUGGUUUGACGUUGGCUCAGCUCCCCCACCAUCCAGUUGCUGCACUGUCUCACCUUAUAGAAGCCACGCUGUCUGUGUGAUCAAACUUUCAUCACUUUUUCUGACACGUUUAUAAAGUUUACUGCCCUGCUGUCUCAUCAGUCCUCAACAUUUUCUAUCAAGCCAGUUUUUUCACUGUUUCUAAAUUCAAAACUGUUAAAACAUGAAAAACACGCAAGACUCAAGAUACUAAAGACUUUGUUUUUAAAAGGUAAGCACUGUGAUAAAGAAUGUUACUGUUUUAUUUCUAAAUUCUCCGUUUUCUCUUCUAUAACUGAAGGACGUGACUGACACAUUCUCAUCACUAACAUUUCCCUUUAAUCUCAGCUGAAUGUCUGAAUCAGGAUGUGAGAAUAUGAACCAUUCUAUUUUUGUACUUUGUUGUUGGUGUCGUUGUUUCUACCUUUGACUAAAGAAGUCCCUUAUUUUAAUAAAGCUGGAGAGAUCCUAACAUGAAACUAAA